GUCUCAUUGGGCAUUCAAUGUGGAUCAUAUUUACAUUGUAGUUCACUCGGAGACGUUAGUAAGCGCUCAACGCUUUAGUGCGUGCAAUGGGUGGGGUUUGUCUCUUGGGGAAGUCAGAAAGGAAGAGAAAGAUAAUUUUAAAAGACAUUUGCAAUUUGAAGCAAGUGGUAAAUCGCUGAGGUUGUUGGGUUGCGCCUGAGGAAAUAGCCUACAAUUCUCUUUUACCUAACCUUCAUGACCAAAGUGAUCCUCGGGACAUCUAAAGACGAAGGUGAUGGCCGAGUCAAGAAUGACAGAGUCACCGCACCUUAGGAUUGUCCUGUUAGGCAAGACAGGCGUUGGGAAGAGUGCAUCAGGGAACAGCAUCCUGGGAAGAAAAGCGUUUCUGUCCAAACGGAGUUUAGUCUCUGUGACAAAAGAUUGUGCAGAAGAAAUGUGCGUAAUUAAUGGUCGUAAUAUCUCUGUGGUGGACACUGUGGGUAUUUUCAGCACUAACAGCUCUGAUGGACUGAUUGAGGCAGAGUGCAAGCGGGCCAUGGAAUCUCCUGUCCCCUGUGUUUUCCUUGUGGUAAUUAAAGUGGACAGGUUCACAAAGGAAGAGCAAGAAGCCGUGGAGAGAAUUGAAGACAUAGUUGGUAAAGAUGGAAUGGAAAGAAGCUGUAUCCUUUUGACACAUGGAGACAUGGCAGAUGGGCUGACAGUGGAUGAAAUGAUUCAAGAAGAAGGAGCUGAAGACUUCCGUGAAGCAGUGAUGAAAUUUCAGGGGAGGUGCUAUCUGUUCAACAAUAAGAUUGAGAGUCGUGAUCAGGUUGACAAUCUUCUGACCAAACUAGAAUCACUCCAAAAGACUGCUUCCAUCAUGAAUUCAGAAAACACCACGGAGAGCUCAGCUGAGAGAAGAAUUGUGUUACUGGGCAGAAGUGGAGUUGGGAAGAGUGCAUCAGGAAACACCAUUUUGGGUCUGAGAGGAUCAGAGCAGUUCAGGUCUGACUGUAGCUUUAACUCAGUAACAGAAAAAAGCGAGGCCAAAUCAGCAGUAGUGGCAGGAAGGGAAGUCAAGGUGAUAGACACACCUGGCCUCUCCAAGGGGAAACACACUCCUCAGCAUGUGUUUAAUGAGAUGAUGAAGAGUUGCCUGCUCGCUGAAGAGGGGCUGCACGCUUUUGUCUUAGUGAUUGAGCUGGGCAGGUUUGAAAAGAAUGAUAAUGAGAUCAUUUACUUACUCAAAAAGGCAUUUGGUAAGAAGGCCUUAAAAUAUGCAGUGGUUCUUUUCACACAUGGUGAUAGACUCAGCAGCCAAAACAUUGAACAAAAUAUACAGGCAAACCAGGAUCUUAAAAAUCUUGUGGAAAUGUGUGGUGGCAGAUACUGUAUCUUCAACAACACAUCCAUGAACAACAAACGGCAGGUUAGGGAGUUGUUUACGAAGGUAGAUGAGAUGGUACAAGUCAAUGGUGGUACAGCCUAUGUCGGUGAGAUUGUCGGCAUAGCGCGCACUAUCAUGCGAGAACUAAGAGAUUACAGCGAUAGGCUGAGUACUGCCUGGAGACGCUUUUACAACUGGGUGGUCGCCAUCUAUGGAGCAAUGUGUGAAUCUUUUACACGUUUUUUGGAAAACGUCAUCAUCCUUCCCAGAACAUUUCCCCACAAACCUGCCCACAAUUACAGCAAUCUUUCACAAAUGUGCUAAUUCACAGGUCAUUUUAAUCAUCUGGAAAUAUUUACAGACAAUUGAGGAUACAUUUUAAAGGUUAUUUUCGAGGUACCCAUGUUGCUCUAGAUACUUGUUAGUGGAUAGAACAUAAUAUGGGGUGGCAGGGUAGCCUAGUGGUUAGAGAGUUGGACUAGUAACCGCAAGGUUGCAAGUUCAAAUCCCAGAGCUGACAAAAUACAAAUCUGUCAUUCUGCCCCUGAACAGGCAGUUAACCCACUGUCCCUAGGCUGUCAUUGUAAAUAAGAAUUUGUUCUUAACUGACUUGCCUAGUUAAAGGUAAAAAAAAAUAUAUAGGUCAUAUAAGAAUUGUACAAAUUUUGCUGCAGGACUAGACUACCAGGGCAGUUGUAAUCGGAGAUACUCACCUCAAUAUUUACUCAAUACUCACCUCAAUAUUCACCUCAAUAUUUACUCAAUACUCACGCUUUUGUCUUAGUGAUUGAGCUGGGCAGGUUUGAAAAGAAUGAUGAUGAGAUCAUUUACUUACUCAAAAAGGCAUUUGGUAAGAAGGCCUUAAAAUAUGCAGUGGUUCUUUUCACACAUGGUGAUAGACUCAGCAGCCAAAACAUUGAACAAAAUGUCAAUAUUUACUCAAUACUCACCUCAAUACUCACCUCAAUAUUCACCU